AUGAGUGAAGAAAACUUAUUUGAGGAUUCUUCAUCCAAACGUCAAUAUGAAAUAACAGAUUAUUCAAAGAAACAUAUAACAUUGGCUCCACAUUUUCUAGGUUUGAAUACAUUAGAUAAAGUUGAAGAAUCUCCUUUGAAAGAUUUCGUGAAGUCUCAUGGUGGUCAUACUGUCAUCUCCAAGAUCCUAAUUGCUAACAAUGGUAUUGCCGCAGUCAAAGAAAUUCGUUCCGUUAGAAAAUGGGCAUAUGAAGCAUUUGGUGAUGAGAGAACAGUUCAAUUUGUCGCCAUGGCUACCCCAGAAGAUCUACAAGCUAACUCUGAAUAUAUUCGUAUGGCAGAUCAAUACGUCGAAGUUCCAGGUGGUACAAAUAACAAUAACUAUGCAAAUGUAGAUUUGAUUGUCGAUGUUGCCGAAAGAACUGACGUUGAUGCUGUCUGGGCUGGUUGGGGUCAUGCUUCAGAAAAUCCACAUCUUCCAGAAAAAUUGGCCGCCUCUAAGAGAAAGAUUAUAUUUAUCGGUCCUCCAGGUAAUGCUAUGAGAUCGCUUGGUGAUAAAAUAUCCUCUACUAUUGUUGCUCAACACGCUAAGGUUCCAUGCAUUCCAUGGUCAGGUACAGGUAUUGACAAAGUCCACGUAGAUGAACAUACAGGUCUAGUAUCAGUUAAUGAUGAUGUAUACCAACAGGGUUGUUGUCAAUCUCCAGAAGAUGGUCUUGCAAAGGCUAAGAAGAUCGGAUUCCCAGUAAUGAUUAAGGCCUCUGAAGGUGGUGGUGGUAAAGGUAUCAGACAAGUUGAACGUGAAGAAGAUUUUAUUCCAUUAUACCACCAAGCAGCUAAUGAAAUCCCAGGUUCUCCAAUCUUUAUCAUGAAACUAGCUGGUAAAGCUCGUCACUUAGAAGUACAAUUACUUGCUGAUCAAUAUGGUACCAAUAUAUCACUUUUUGGUCGUGAUUGUUCUGUUCAAAGACGUCAUCAAAAAAUUAUUGAAGAAGCUCCAGUUACUAUUGCUAAUAGUGACACAUUUGACAAGAUGGCUAAUGCUGCCGUCAGACUAGGUAAAUUAGUGGGUUAUGUAUCCGCUGGUACAGUCGAGUAUCUAUAUUCAAGCGAAGAACAAAAGUAUUAUUUCUUAGAACUGAAUCCAAGACUUCAAGUCGAGCAUCCAACUACCGAAAUGGUUUCCGGUGUUAAUUUACCAUCUGCACAAUUACAAAUUGCUAUGGGUAUCCCAAUGCACAGAAUUAGCGAUAUCAGAGUAUUAUAUGGUAUGAACCCACAUGCUGCAACUGAAAUUGAUUUUGAAUUUAAAACAGAAGCUGCUAAAAAAACGCAAAGAAAACCAGUUCCAAAGGGUCACUGUACCGCUUGUCGUAUUACAUCUGAAGAUCCAAAUGAAGGUUUCAAACCAUCUGGUGGUUCUUUGCAUGAAUUAAACUUUAGAUCAUCAUCCAAUGUUUGGGGUUAUUUCUCUGUUGGUAACAAUGGUGGUAUUCAUUCAUUCUCUGAUUCUCAAUUUGGUCAUAUUUUUGCCUUUGGUGAAAACAGACAAAUGUCUAGGAAACAUAUGGUGGUGGCGUUAAAGGAACUAUCUAUUAGAGGUGAUUUCAGAACAACCGUUGAAUAUUUGAUAAAACUAUUAGAAACCGAAGAUUUUGAGGAAAACACAAUUACAACUGGUUGGUUAGAUGAUUUGAUCUCACACAAGAUGACCGCUGAAAAACCCGAUCCAACACUGGCUGUUAUUUGUGGUGCCGCUACCAAGGCAUUCAUCGCCUCAGAGUCAGCCCGCAUGGAAUAUAUAGCACAACUUAAAAGAGGUCAAGUUCCAGCUAAGACAUUACUUGAAACAAUGUUCCCUGUUGAAUUUAUCCAUGAAAACAAAAGAUACAAAUUUACUGUUGCUAAGUCUGCUGAUGAUUCAUAUACCCUAUUUAUUAACGGCUCCAAAUGUGAAGUUCGUGCUGUAAAACUUUCCGACGGUGGUUUACUAAUAUCGGUAGGUGGUCAAUCUCAUACAAUCUAUUGGAAGGAAGAAGCCCAAGCUACAAGAUUAUCCAUCGAUUCUAUGACUACUUUGCUUGAGGUUGAAAAUGAUCCAACCCAAUUACGUACACCAUCCCCAGGUAAAUUGGUUAAAUUCUUAGUUGAAAAUGGUGACCAAAUUAAGGCUGGCCAAGCCUAUGCUGAAAUCGAAGUUAUGAAAAUGCAAAUGCCAUUAGUUUCCCAAGAGAAUGGUGUUAUACAACUAUUAAAACAACCUGGUUCUACUAUUGCUGCUGGUGAUAUUAUUGCUAUGCUUGCUCUAGAUGAUCCCUCAAAGGUUAAACAUGCUCUACCGUUCGAAGGUAUGCUACCAGAAUUAGGAUCUCCAAUGGUCGAAGGUACGAAGCCAGCAUACAAAUUUAAAUCAUUGGUAUCUACUCUACAAAACAUAUUGAAGGGUUAUGACAACCAAGUUAUCAUGAAUGCAUCAUUACAACAAUUAAUUGAGGUUUUAAGAGACCCAAGAUUACCAUAUUCUGAAUGGAAGUUAAGCAUAUCUGCUCUACACUCUAGAUUACCAAUGGCGCUUGAUGAAAAACUAGGCAAACUUGUUGAUCGUUCUAGCAACAGAAAUGCAAUCUUCCCUGCAAAACAACUACAUAAGAUGAUGGAAGACGCUGUUAAAGAAGGUGGAGCAGACCCAUUAUUAGCAACAAUUAUUGAACCAUUAACUGAUAUCACUAACCGCUAUUCUAAUGGUCUAGAAGCUCAUGAACAUUCUGUCUUUGUUAAGUUUUUGGAAGAGUAUUACAGUGUUGAAAAGUUAUUUAGUUCCCAUGGAAACCGUGAAGAGAAUGUUAUUCUGAAAUUACGUGAUGAAAACUUAGACUCCUUAGAUAAAGUUGUUGAGAUUGUAUUGUCCCAUGCUAAAGUAUCUGCCAAAAACACAUUGAUUCUUGCGAUCCUAAAACAUUACCAACCAAUUUGUAAAAUGUCUUCCACUGUUGCCCACAUUUUUAGCAAACCAUUAAGUCAUAUUGUUGAACUGGAAUCUAAAUCUGCUGCCAAGGUUGCACUACAAGCAAGAGAAAUUUUGAUUCAAGGCGCUUUACCUUCUGUCAAAGAGAGAACUGAACAAAUUGAACACAUUUUAAGAUCCUCAGUUACAAACACAUCUUAUGGUGACCUAACUCCAAAACUAUCUGAACCAAAUUUAGAUAUCUUAAAGGACUUAAUCGAUUCCAACUACGUUGUUUUUGAUGUUCUACUACAAUUCCUAUGUCAUGAGGAUCCUGUUAUUGCUACUGCUGCUGGUCAAGUUUAUGUCCGUCGUGCAUACAGAGCCUAUACCGUUGGUGAAGUUAAAACACAUGGCAUUAAAGAUUCAUCAGUGAACCCUCUAAUUGAAUGGAAAUUCCAACUACCUUCUGCCGCUUUCUCAUCCAUUCCACAAGUUAAAAGUAAGAUUGGUAUGAAUAGAGCCAUGUCCGUGUCUGAUUUGUCAUACGUUGUGGAUAAUGAACAUGCUCCAUUAAGAACUGGUAUCCUAGUUGCUUCUGAACAUUUAGAUGAUGUCGAUACUUGUUUGGCUCAAGGUCUAGAGGUUAUCCCUGAACAUGUUGCUGCUAGCAAUGGUCCUGCUCCGGACAGAUCUGGUAAUUCGUCUUCUUUGAGUAACGUCGUUAAUGUUUGUGUUGCUAGUACAGAAGGUUUUGAAUCCGAAAAGGAUAUUCUUUCUAGAGUUCAUGAAAUUCUUGAUCUGAAUAAACCAGAUUUAAUCAAAUCUGCUGUGCGUCGUAUUACAUUUAUGUUUGGUUUCCCAGAUGGUACGUAUCCAAAGUAUUACACUUUCAAUGGUCCAAAUUAUCAAGAGAAUCAAACAAUCCGUCACAUUGAACCAGCAUGCGCUUUCCAAUUAGAAUUAGGAAGAAUGUCUAACUUUAACAUAAAGCCAAUCUUUACUGAUAACAGAAAUAUCCACGUCUACGAAGCUGUUAGUAAAACAUCAGCUCUAGAUAAGAGAUUCUUCACAAGAGGUAUUAUUAGAACUGGUCGUAUCCGUGAUGAGAUUUCAAUUCAAGAGUACUUAACCUCUGAAGCAAACAAACUAAUGAGUGACAUUUUAGAUAAUUUAGAAAUUGUUGAUACUUCGAAUUCUGAUUUAAACCACAUUUUCAUUAAUUUUUCUGCUGUCUUUGACGUUUCACCAGAGGAUGUCGAAGCUGCUUUUGGUGGUUUCCUAGAAAGAUUUGGUAAGAGAUUACUAAGACUUCGUGUCUCAGCUGCUGAAAUUCGUAUCAUUAUUCAAGACCCUCAAACUGGUGCUGCUGUUCCAUUACGUGCUUUAAUUAACAAUGUCUCCGGCUAUGUCGUUAGAUCUGAAUUAUACACAGAAAUCAAAAAUGCGAAGGGUGAAUGGGUUUUCAAGUCUCUUGGUAAGCCAGGCUCUAUGCAUUUAAGACCUAUUGCAACACCUUACCCUGUCAAGGAAUGGUUACAACCAAAACGUUAUAAGGCACAUUUGAUGGGUACUACAUAUCUAUAUGACUUCCCAGAAUUGUUUCACCAAGCUGCUAUUACUACAUGGGAAAAACACAAUUCUAAAAGUUCUGCAAAGGAAUUAUCUUCUAUUAAAGACAGAGAUGACUUAUUUGUUUCUCACGAAUUAAUUGAGGAUGAAAAUGGUGAAUUGACUGAGGUCGAAAGGGAACCUGGUGCCAAUACUAUCGGUAUGGUUGCUUUUAAAGUUACUAUGAAAACACCCGAAUAUCCAAGAGGUCGUCAAUUCGUUAUUGUUGCUAACGACAUUACAUUCAAGAUUGGUUCAUUUGGUCCACAAGAAGAUGAAUUUUUCAACAAAGUUACAGAAUAUGCCAGAAAGAGAGGUAUUCCAAGAAUUUAUCUAGCUGCCAAUUCUGGUGCUAGAAUCGGUAUUGCCGAAGAAUUAAUUCCACUAUUCCAAGUCGCAUGGAAUGACCCUGCUGUCCCAGCUAAGGGAUUUGAAUAUUUAUAUUUGACAAAGGAUGGUAUGGACACAUUAAAGAAUUAUUCUAAAGAGAAUUCUGUUAUCACUGAACGUAUUGUCGAAGAAGGUGAAGAAAGAUAUGUUAUCAAAUCUAUUAUUGGUGCUGAUGAUGGUCUAGGUGUCGAAUGUUUAAGAGGUUCUGGUUUAAUUGCUGGUGCCACAUCAAGAGCAUACCAAGAUAUUUUCACAAUUACAUUAGUUACCUGUAGAUCUGUUGGUAUCGGUGCUUAUUUGGUAAGAUUAGGUCAAAGAGCAAUUCAAAUUGAAGGUCAACCAAUUAUUCUAACUGGUGCCCCUGCUAUUAACAAGGUUUUAGGUAGAGAAGUUUAUUCUUCUAAUUUACAACUUGGUGGUACUCAAAUCAUGUACAAUAAUGGUGUUUCUCAUUUAACUGCGUCUGAUGAUUUACAAGCUGUUGAACAAAUUAUUAAAUGGUUAUCCUAUGUGCCUGCUAAACGUAAUAUGCCUGUUCCAAUUCUAGAAACCGAAGAUAAAUGGGAUAGAGCCAUUGAUUAUAGACCAACUGUUAAUGAACAAUAUGAUGUUAGAUGGAUGAUUGAAGGUCGCCAAUGUGAGAAUGGUGAUUUCGAAUAUGGUAUGUUCGAUAAAGGUUCAUUCUUUGAAACAUUAUCAGGUUGGGCUAAGGGUGUUGUUGUUGGUAGAGCCCGUCUUGGUGGUAUUCCAAUCGGUGUUAUUGGUGUUGAAACAAGAACUAUUGAAAAUGUCAUUCCAGCUGAUCCAGCUAAUCCAGACUCUACAGAGACUGUUGUUCAAGAAGCUGGUCAAGUAUGGUAUCCAAAUUCUGCUUUCAAGACAUCUCAAGCCAUUAAAGAUUUCAAUCAUGGUGAACAAUUACCAUUAAUGAUUUUAGCUAAUUGGAGAGGUUUCUCUGGUGGUCAACGUGAUAUGUAUAAUGAGGUAUUAAAGUAUGGUUCAUUUAUUGUUGAUGCUUUAGUUGAUUACAAACAACCAAUUUUCAUUUAUAUCCCACCAACAGGUGAAUUAAGAGGUGGUUCUUGGGUCGUCGUUGAUCCAACCAUUAACAGUGAUCAUAUGGAAAUGUAUGCUGAUAAGGAUUCUCGUGCAGGUGUCCUUGAACCUUCAGGUAUGGUUGGUAUUAAAUAUCGUAGAGAGAAAUUAUUAGCCACAAUAACCAGAUUAGAUUCCACAUACAAAGAAUUAAAAGAAAAAUUAUCCAGUAAGAGUUUAACUAAUGAAGAACAUCAAAAGAUUUCAAUUCAAUUAGCAGAACGUGAAAGAAUGUUAAUUCCAAUUUAUAAUCAAAUUAGUGUUCAAUUUGCUGAUUUACAUGAUAGAUCAUCUCGUAUGUUAAAGAAAGAUGUUAUUAAAGCUGAAUUAAUAUGGGAAGAAUCACGUCGUUAUUUCUUCUGGAGAUUAAGAAGAAGAUUAGAUGAAGAAUAUUUAUUAAGAAGAUUAGAUCAAGAAUUAACUCAAGCUUCAAGAUUAGAAAAGAUUGCUAGAAUUAGAUCAUGGUAUCCAACCUCUGUUAAUGUCGAUAAUGAUAAAGAAGUUGUUACAUGGAUUGAAGAACACUAUGAUAUUCUUGAAGAAAAAUUAAAAUCUUUAAAAUUAGAAUCAUUUGCAUUAAAUUUAGCUAAAAAUAUUAGAAAUGAUCAUGAUAAUAGUAUGAAGGGAUUAGAAGAAGUUGUUCGUAUGUUAAGUACCUCAGAUAAAGCAAGAUUAAAUGCUAUUAUUAAUCCAGAACAAAAAUCCUAA